AUGGAUCAGAACUAUGGCCUGCUGAUUUGCAUCUAUGGCUUGGAAAUUCUCACGGCCUUGCAGUUGCUGUCGCAGAUCCGUAAAUUCGGAGGAGUCUGGAAAUUCAGGACCACUUGGUUAUGUCUUUGCAGUAGUUUCCGGCAGUUUCAGAGCAACUUCCAGGAGUGGCAGAAGACCGAGCUGCGUGUCACGCGCUUUUUCGAGAGAAUGCUUUGCAAAGUGCUGCGUUCCAGCGCUCAGGUGAUGUUGGUUGCUCUAUUCUUGCGCAUGCUGGUCAUUGAAUGGCACUUCUGGAUGAGAACUUCUCAUAACCUUCAACCUUCAAUGGACCUGGCAAAUGUCAUUGCCUAUGCGGUGGUACUGGUUCUUUGCUCCUGGCAGCAGCUGGUGACUCCAGGGUCUUUGGAUCUUUGGUACCUACUCCUCCAAACUCUUUGCACCAUCCCACUGCUCUCCACGAGUGUUGCCGACACAAUCAUCGUGUCUUUGGCCACGUUGCUUCCGCGUUUCUUGCUCGGCCUAUGUGCUCGGCACUUGUGGUUGGCCCUGCUGGGUGGAGCGAUUCACUGGGCUGUUUCUUUGCAUAGCAUUUUCAGCUCGUUGUCUUCCAGCGAUUUGCUCUUUGCACAGACUGCCGAGUUGCUGAUCUAUUACGCUGGUGUCGUGACCAUACGACAACAGAUGUAUGAGAAUGUGAAGAUGAGUGUGAACUUGCAGAAGCGCACCAUCGAGCUUGGUGCGGCUUCCUGCUUACUUCUGGAAUUCUGUGACGCGGUCGUGGAGCUGGAUGAAGAAAUGAAGAUCACUGUGACGUCGAAUCAACUUUCGACCUUGCUUUUGCGCAGCCUGGGCAGCCCUCCACCGGAUCUCCGCGGCAGCGACUUUCUGCAGCUCUUUGUGGAAGAGGACCGGGAGCUACUUCACACUUCAUUGGGAAGCACCGUGCGGUUGGAACUGCUACAUACUCAGUUCCAAAAUGCCGAUGGUCAGAAGUGUCGCCUGGUUGGGCUGCGAGAGUGCCAGGACACUCAGGAUGCUGCCUCAGUGGCUCCUUUGAAGGACCAGGCACCUUCGGUGGACACAUCUCGUGCCUCACUCCUUUUCGACGCCUGUAGCUUCGAAGUCCUGGGUGCCACCGAAGGCUUUGCGGAGCUUUUCCCUGAUGCGGAGAAGGACAAGUUGGAGCAGAUGAGCAUUUCUGAUCUGCUGGGGCCUUCUGAAACCGUCAUCUCGACCAUUCAAUCUGCAGUGAACACCUUCGAUCCGGCAUUCAAAAGGCCGAUUUCGUUGGGCUGUGUGGAGAUCUUCCACCAGCGUGUGCAGGCCACCCUCACCCUGCAGAAUGAUGAUUUGCUGAAGACGAUUGUUGGCACAUUAGCGAUCUCAACAGGGACCACGAAUGCCAGAUCCAAGAGGACUACACCGCGUCAUGCACGCUCAAGUAGCAGUCACGACGACGGAAGCAGGAGAGGCAGCAUCCUUGACUUGCGGAAGGAAGCUCCAACUGUUUCACUCUGA